AUGAGCCGUCUAGUGAACUGGUUGCCGACAGUGGCAGCAUUUAUCGCCUUCAUAUUGACCUUGAUAUGUCUCUUUGCGGGGUCCCAGACGAGCAUUCUCCCUGACACCUCUAUCCUGACUAUCUAUACAUCAAAUAUCAGCCACAGCACGGCAAUGGCCGAUUUUUACUCCAUCCAUGUCAUGUCAUACUGCGAGGGGGAGCUGAGAUUAAAUCACAAGGACUUCAAUAACUGCUCCGACCGGACGCUGUUCUUCUCGUUCGACCCCGAUGCUGCAGUUCGGGCCGACACGGGAAAUACCUCCUCACCGUCGGACCUGGGGUGGCCCAGCGCGAUCACCGACGACUUUUACGCCUUCCAGAUGACAUCGCGCAGUAUAGGUAUCUUCUAUUGCUUAGGAGCCGGCGUCGCCGCCCUGGCGCUGUUUGAAAGGGCGUGGUGGACGCUCAGACGCGGUCCGCGACAGACGAUCACGGAAGUGUCGUCCAUGAUGUUGAGUUUCACCAUGCUUGGGAUCUCGUCCAUCAUUGCGACGGUGAUUGCAUUCCAGUUCGUCAAGCUGGUCAGCUACCAUGGACAGGAUGCUGGAGUCACGGCGGAAUACGGGCCGCAGUUCCUCAAUCUCACUUGGGCAGCAACAGGGUUGUAUCUGAUUGGGGGCACCACGGGGUUAGUGAUGGUGCUAAUCGACCGUAGUCGACCCCCUAUGGACGAGGUUCCUGACGAUGGGUAUGGAUUUGACGACGGCCCUGACGAUCUGCUGGAGGAUCAUGGCAAAUCGGAAGUGCACAGUCAGCACAGUGACGAUUCGGCAACGUUGCGAUCACACGAAGAGGACAACCAGGGGCGGGUUAAUGUGCGGGAAUAA